AUGGACCUAUGUUUGGAUGAUUUACCUUCUGGGAAGGUAUAUAAGGAAUUGAGGGAGAAUGCAGAUAGUAAUUCUUGCAGAUGUACUGGAGCAAUAAGAAGUGAACUGCAGCAUUUUACUUCUAUGGACAAAUAUAAGGACAGAUUUGUAAGGGCUUGUUGUUACGCGCUAACAAUGGGAAAUACAGAGGAACUGUCCUAUAAAAAACACUGUGGUUUUUUAUAUUAUUGGAUAGGUGAUAUAAUUAGGAAGGAACUUACAGAAAUCGAACAUUUUACCUUCUAUAAUGCCAUAACGCUAGUACAUGGUGCACUAAGGAAACUCAAUUUUAAGGAUGCGUGUACGUAUGUAUAUCCCACAAUUAGUAAAGACAUAUUCAGCAAUAUGCGAAUAAUAUAUGAUUAUUCCCAAGACUAUAAAGAUAUAGAGACAUAUAUAGAAAGAAGUGUAAACACAUGUCUCCGAACGUAUAAAAAAUAUGUGGAAGGUGCUGCAGGGGCCUGCACUGCAAUGAACGGAGCAUGCGCUGCAAGAAACACACUAGGGAAGGAGUAUUGUACCCUAUUCCAACAAGUAUGCAGGAAUAAUAAUAAUUCUGGUAGUGGAAAAAUUCCAACACCAUCAGCUCUACUAGCUCAACUGGAACAGAAACUGCUGGAACAACAACAACAGCAGCAGAAUCAGCUCCAGGGAGCAGGAGAAACCUCAGGUCAUAAAGCUGGUGCUGAAGGUCCAGAUAAGCCAAAGGAAGCAGUAGGUAAGUAUAUCCAAAGGAAAAAAAGAAGAAGCAAAAGAGCAUGUCAGAAAAGUGAAGGAAGCAACUACAACCUUGCAGUCACCUUCAUACUGCUAGCACCCAGAACCAUGUUCCUGGUAAAGCUGGUUCUGGUUCACAAGUCCCAACAGAGACAAAGAAACUUGAAGAAGAUGAAGUUAUUCCCACCAGUGGUAAUGGUAUCGUCCCUGGUGUCUCUGCUGCUGGUGGACUUGCCGCAAUAG